CAAAAAACUUAAGAAAAAUAUUCGCAUGAAUGAAAAUCCCUACUCAUUUCCAUUGGUUUUGUUGUUGUUGUUAUUGUUGUUGCUGCUUCUUGCUGCUAUAAACGAAGAGUACAAAACAAGAAGCAGAAGCAGCAAUGUUUUAAUAAUAACAAUAACAACAACAGCUUUGACUGACAGCACAUACUUGCAAUCUUUUUCGUACUCACUCACCAGGAAUGGAAAGUUUAGCACUAUUAUAAUUAAAGAAACCUAAGUAAAUGACAAGCAAUGUAUUGUUAUUUGAUAUAUGUACAUAUAAAUACCAAUUAAAUGUACAAAUUAAGACAGUUUUUAGAAAAUAUAAAAUUUUAACAAAAAUUUUAUAAAAUUAAACAGAAUUAAAGAAAAAAUUUGAUUUCAAAUUCGUAAAAUUUAAAAGUUUGCUACGAAAAUAUUAACUGUAAAGUUUGCUCACUGGAUAGCUGCAUUAUUUUCUUCUAAAAUCUUUAAUUUCCCAUCCCUGUGGAGCUACAAUAUUGCUAGAGCCGAUAACACAAACACAUAACAGCCCCAGUAUCUUAUUAUUUGCUGUUAAACACCUCAGCCAGUGCGCGUUUGGCAUUCGUUAACGUUAGAGGUGUGUGUGUGAAAAAUAUAACUGAUAAAAAAAGCUAUAAAAUUCUACAUUUUUUUCUUAAACUAAACAGAAAUUUCUUACAGAAUAAUUAAGAAAGAAAAUCUUUAAGAAAAAAAAAGAAAUCAUAUUUUAAAUUAAAUUUAAAACAAAUGCUAGAAAAACAAAAAGCAAAAAAAUUUUAAAUAAUUAAUAAAAAAAAGCUAAAAGCCAAAAAAAGAACCAUGGCUGCUUUACCUUUAACUUUAGAUACUAAAGGUGUUAAUGAAACUUUAAAUCUAACAAAUCCUUUAAUGCCUUCACAUUUAAAUGAUUCAUCGUCAAGUAUUAAUGCUGCCGCAACUUCAGGCAAUGACAUUAUGGCAACACCAGAACGUCCCUCUAAUUUAAUAAUCGAAAAAACACCACCAGCGCCAGCAAUACAACAACAACAUUCCAUUACUACUCCCAGUAAUCUAUCAUCACCUGCUCUUAGUUUAGCUGGCAGUUUAUCGCCAUCGCCAUCAACAUCAUUUCUACCCGAGAUGCCACAAUGGAAACGUGACCUCAUACAAAGACGUAAACAAAAUGUACAACGUACAAUAAGUGCUUCAUCACCAUCACCAACAGCCUUGUCAUCAACAUCGCCAACAACAUUGGCUCUGGCUGUUGGCGGUUUAAAAAACUCUAUAUCUUCAUCAUCUGUGCGUUCAUUAGCCGGUAGUAAUACUAAUAUUGACCAACUUGCAUCAGGUGAGUAGUGGUAAAACAGCUAA